CUACAAUGAACAAAGGCUGAUGAUAGCAAUAACUUUAAUCAGAUUGAUGAGAACUACAGAAAUCUCAAUUAUCAGUUGAUUAAUAAUCGAGAGACCAUCCACCCACUGGGAUAUGCUCAU